UAUUCUAAAAAUUUAUCGAAUAUUUGUGAAUGAAACAAUUGAUGAUGUUGAAAAAGCACAAUAUUAUGGUGAUGUACAAUUAUCAAAAAUACGUUUACAAAAAUCCACAAAACGUUAUAUACAAUUAAUUAAGAAUUUAUUUCAAUAUAAUUUUCUUUCGAAACGGUAUAUUUACAUGUACAAUAUACAACAGGAUAAUGGACGCUUGAUUAAAGCUUUUUAUGAAAUAUCAGAAACAGAUAGAAAACUUCUCAACGACUUUCUAAAAAAUGCAGAAAUUCUGCAAAAAAAUUAUGCCGAUGGUGAAAAGUUUCAUGAAAUAAAUGUGGAAAAUUUUAAUUUAACACCCAAAGAUAUGAUCGAUUCUUAUGGGCCAAAUUAUAAAUUAGAUUUAACAAAAGCCAUCACAAAACAAAUGAAAAUUGAUGAAAUGAAAAACGAAUCCUUAGCGUCAAACGGAGAAGAUGAACCUAACGAAGAAGAUUUUAAUAAAUCUACCGAGCAAUGUUUAUCAAAAGGUCUUAUUCGUGCAGUCAACGACUAUAAAUGCGAUUUUAAUUAUCAAUUACAUGUUGGCCUGGAUUUUAAACCGAAAAUUCAUUUAGACAGUGAUGAAACUCAAGAGGACAAACAAGAACGUUUAAGAAAAUUGGAUGCAAAAGUUGAGAAAAUAUAUCAACGUUAUAUGGAACGAAAACGUAAGAAAAGUCUUGAAAAAAGUACUUCACAUGAAGAUAAUCAUGAUACGACGUCCUCGAUAGCUAAUGGCAAUAUUGAUAAUGGUUUAUCGUCAUAUAAUGACGAGGAUGCUGAUAUGAAACGGGCGCUAGCUGAAAGCUUGAAAGAAACAGCUACUGUCAAAGAUGACUUACCAGACACUGACGAUGUUGUUUUCCAAUCGCUUAUUUCUCAAGUUAAAGAUAUUUUACCUCAUUUAGGAGAAGGUUAUAUCAAAGAAUGUUUAAAACAUUUCAACAAUAAUUCUGAAGAAACAAUUAGUGCAAUUUUAGAACAAAGAUUACCGCCAGAAUUAACGUCCAUAGAUGAAAAUUUACCAAUUAUACCUGCAGAUACAGAAAAACCAAAACGAAAUGUAUUCGAGGGUGAUGAAUUUGAUCGAAUGACAAAGUCAGAUUUUGAUCCAACUAGAAUAUUUCGGAAAAAGAAUAAAGUGGGCUACAGAAAUGCAAUGGAUAUGUUAAACGAUAAAACACAUAUAAAGAAAGAAGUUUACGAACAAUACAGCUUGGAUUAUUACGAUGACGAUUAUGAUGAUGACGUAAAAGAAAUUGACUUAGGAGAAAGAGAAGUUGAAGAAGUCGACGAUAUUGAACAAAUUCGUUGCCCUAUAAAUCAACCUAUUGAAGAAGAUGAAGAUUCAUCUGAAGAAGACGAUGAAACGCCUAAACCGCCUUCAAAUGCAUUUUGUGAAGAUCCAGCGGUACUUCGAGCACGAGCUGAAGAACGACGUAGACAAAAAUAUCAAAAGAAAGGUUUUCAAAAGCCUACGCAGGAAUCGAGGGGUGAUGUGGUUGGAAAUCCAAAAGGACAAGGCCAAGAAAAAAAUGUUGUAAUUAGUAGAGCAAAGAAAGAUCAAAACAAAUCACAAAGAGCAAAUCAUAAUCGACGAUCUGGUGCUCAAUGGAAACGAAGUCGUGGUAUGAUUCCAUCUUAAUAUGGAAGUUUAUUUAAAAACAAUUAAUUAUUUAUU